GGAAAUAAUAAUUUAAAGAUUAAAAGAAGGAAGGGAAAGGAGGGAAAUGAAAUUUAGAAUUUGCCCUAAUAAUCAUAACUGGAAGAAACUCCUAACGAAGGCGCGAAACUUGAUCAGUGUUGGGUACGCUUCUGCCGCCAUGGCUGACAUUCAGAUCCAUAAGACCAAACUCUGCAUCAUCGGAAGCGGUCCCGCCGCCCAUACUGCCGCCGUGUACGCCGCCCGCGCUGAACUCAAGCCGAUCCUCUUCGAAGGAUGGAUGGCGAACGACAUCGCCCCCGGUGGCCAGCUCACCACCACAACUGACGUUGAGAACUUCCCCGGCUUCCCCGACGGCAUACUUGGCGGCGAGCUCAUGGAGAACUGCCGGAAGCAGUCGCUGCGCUUCGGUACCGAAAUCCACACCGAGACCGUCUCCAAGGUCGAUUUCUCGAACCGUCCUUUUAGGGUUUUCACCGAUUCCCGCACUGUCGAGGCCGACUCCGUCAUCGUUGCCACCGGCGCCGUCGCCAAGCGCCUUCCGUUCACCGGCUCUGGCGACGGCCCUGACGGCUACUGGAAUCGCGGGAUCUCCGCGUGUGCCGUCUGCGACGGUGCCGCCCCAAUUUUCCGGAACAAGCCCCUGGCGGUGAUUGGUGGCGGGGACUCGGCCAUGGAGGAGGCGACGUUCCUUACUAAGUACGGUUCCGAGGUGUACAUAAUUCAUCGGAGGGACACGUUCAGGGCCUCGAAGAUUAUGCAGAGCAAGGUGAUGAAUAAUAGCAAGAUCAAGGUGAUCUGGAACUCGGUGGUGGUUGAAGCCUAUGGGGGCGGAGAUAACAAGAGGGUGCUUGGGGGACUGAAGGUGAAGAAUGUGGUGACUGAUGAGGUGUCUGACUUGAAGGUAUCUGGUUUGUUUUUCGCAAUAGGCCACGAGCCUGCAACCAAGUUCUUGGACGGUCAGCUUGAACUGGAUUCUGAUGGCUACGUCGUUACCAAGCCUGGGACUACGAAGACCAGUGUUGAGGGAGUGUUUGCUGCUGGUGAUGUUCAGGACAAGAAGUAUAGGCAAGCUAUUACUGCUGCUGGCUCUGGAUGCAUGGCCGCAUUGGAUGCAGAACAUUACCUGCAAGGUGUUGGUGUUCAACAAGAUAAGAGUGAUUGACUAGCUUCGGAGGGUCAGGAGUUCAGAAGAAGCUUAAUCAGAAGUAAGGUUUAAUGAACACAGGAGAAUGAAGAAAUCUGUCUUCUUCCCGUCGAACCUUCAUUUAUGGGGUGCUAUUCAUAGUUUCAUUGCAUAGAAGCACUUGCAAUAUUUUUUAGCAGCUAUGCUCACGUACAUGUAUUAUGAUUAUUGGGUUUAUGUUGCAUACAUUAUUCUGAACUAUCAUUCAUAGUCUGCUAUGAAAAAAAAUUUAACAGUUUGCUGAUUUACAGGAGUAGUUCAAACUAUGCU